UAUAUUCAUCCUAGCGAAAACGAAAGAAUGGAAUGCAAAUUGGCGUGUUUCAUAUUUUUGAAUUGUUUUCAGCGCGCAUAUUAAAAGAACCGUUUAAAUCCAUGGUUUAUUCUUUGUUUCACGAUGAGUUAAAUUCAUUUAACUCAUAAACGGAAACCUGAUCGGGGAACUAGUAUAUUAUCAAAUAACAUGCAAAACCACUAGAUGAAUUGAUCUGCGUUUCUCCAGCUUUAGCUUGUGAUAACUAAACCCGAUCAAUAUCGUCCAUUCUAAUUCACACCUUUCCAACUGCUUUGUUUGCACCCUACCGGAACGAGUUUGCAUCAGCCAUUAGUGAGCGGUGGAUUCCAUCCAGUUGCAACGAUGUCGUUGAACGGAAAAUUCCAUUCAUUCAAGCUGGUACUUCUAAGCCUCUUGUUUGCAAGCGCUUCAACAUCAUCCGAUGCUAGGAAUGGUGACCAAGUUGAAGGACGAUAUCUCAUCUUCCCGCCGACGGCCCCAACUCGGCACCAGUUGAUAUCCGGUAUCGGUAUCCCGCUGGGGACACCCGAGGCCGUAACGUCCGGUUGGGUUUUAAAGGCUCAGUACUUCCUGCCGACCGAGGUCAAUCAUCUGAAACCGAACAACGUACAGGGAUGGAACGACAGCCGGCGAUCGUUCGGGAAACGAGAAACUGUAACGCAAACACCCUUGGGAAACUACGAAGCAUUCACGGCCAGAGAUAUUCAUAUCGAUACGGAACCCCUCCCGGAUAGUGCGGGCGGUGAGGGCAUGGAUGAGGAUGAUUACUUCGAUGAAGGCGAUGACAACUAUUGGUUGGAUGAAGACGAGCAGAAAUCCUACGAAGACCUCAAUAAUGUGAUGCCACCGUCUAACUUGGAGUCUUUAAUGUCCGAAGGAUACGAUGCGGAAGGUUCGCGGUGGAUGACGUACAAGACGUUGGAGCACAUUGGUGAAGUGUACGGCAGCGGUGGGAGGGAGUGUGUUUUGCGGAGCAUCUGUGAAGCGGCCAGCGCGGAGUUCACCCAUACGGGAGGAGUGUUCGCGGAGUUACUGCAUAUAAUGUUCGCGCCCUCGACCACUUCUGACCCUAUAUCGGAGCACAGCGACAAUGAAUACCAUCGAGCGGAGCAACUGGGAAGGGAAGGUGCACCGUGCCAUUUGGUGUUUCAUGAGUGUCGAAAUUCGAUUUUGGACGUGUUCACCGGGAUACAUGAUCCAGAUACAAAUUCUCUGUUGGUGGCACAUGAUAAGGUGAUGAAAAGUUUUAUGAAAUAAUAUCAUAGCGUAACGGCAUGUUUGACGUUAUGAACAAAAAUUUUCUGUGUCUACAAAUAAGCACUUUCAGCCUGAACUGAUCUUUGCCCAAAUUCCUAGAUUAAAUAUUAAAAAUAAACGGGAAACAUAACUGGUUUUAAGCCAACGAAACAUAGUGUAUACCAUUUAAGUCGAAGCUUGCAAUAGUACUUGAUCUUUGAUCCAAUGGAGUCGAUGGUAUUGACUGACUCAUAGCGUCAGACUAAUAUACAGUAGAGAUUUGUUCGAAGCUGUGUAUCCUAGUUUGUCGCGGUCUUCAAAGAACCCCAUGUUGGCACAGUAUACACUCAAGAUCCAUUCCUCAAUGGGAGAUCGUGGGAUUUUAAAAAGUGUCUAAAAUUACCGCAUUAAUUGGCAUAUCCUGUCACUGCUUAGGUUCUAAGUAUUCAUAUUUCAAAUAGUUAGAGGCGUUAAAAACAAGUCUCAUAUUUUAUGAGUCCAUGGAUAAUGUGAGGAAAUCGAUUGAAGCAUUUAAUAGAGAUCAGUUUUUGGGAAAGAUAUCCACAGAUUGGACCGAUCCAAUCGUAGAACUGCCUAAUCAAAUGGUAAUGGAACUUACUACGGGUUAAAUGAGGGCCCACACAUCAUUUUCUCAUAAACAGCCGGAAAAGCUUCCAUUGGCAUUGACUCCUGGCGGGAGGUUUUCCAUUCCAAUGCACGGAAAAAUCUGUUAACAGUGUUAAGGUUUAAACGCGUUCUCCUGUGAAACCUUCGUAGGGGGUCUCGCCAAAGUUGAUUUAGAGUGUUUUUGAGUGUAAGAUUUUGUGGUUUGACCGUCAUAGGGUAACUUUGAAAGUAUUUAUUUUCAAAUGUAUGCAACUUUUAGGGAAGAUCCAUUAAAUACAAAUACGUAA